UCCACCGACGUGCUGGUGAAGCUGGUUCCUAAGACAACACAUGAAACAUGCAUUUGCAUUAGCGAGGCUCGUUUCAACACCGACGCCGUGAGCUGACUUUACCACCCGCUCUCUGUGAAGAAAGCUACCACAACAACCGCGACUUCCUGCAUACAGCGAAGUAGAGCGGAUAUAUGAUGCCAAGUAUUUCCGCGGCACUUUAAAGCAGAUCUGCACAUCGACGCUGGGACUCAGUCUAUUUUCUGCAGAGGCUUCUGGAUUUGUUCCACUACAAGAUGCACAUGAAUAGCUUAUUAAAUCAGUGGACGGACAUCUCCACGAUGUGUGAUGUGGAUGUGUCAUCAGAGCCCACCAGUCCUACCCUUUAUGGUGAGUCUUCAGACAAAUACUACCAUGUGGAGCGAUGGCAGAAGCUUCGCACGGCUGUCCGUAAACUGGAAUUCUGGGAAAAUUUCAGUGCUGAGCUUAUCGGGAGUGGCUUCUUCUCCAAAGUCUAUAAGAAGCUCUCGCACCCCAACAUUGUCAGGUAUUUGGGAAUCUGUGUGAAAGAAGACAAACUCUAUCCAAUCUUAGAGUAUGUAAACGGUGGCUGUCUGGAAGAGCUUCUGGCCAGGAAAGACGUUCCCUUGUGCUGGAGAGAGAAGGUGGACUUGGCCUGUGAUAUAAGCAGAGGAAUGAUCUACCUGCAUUACAAAAACAUUUAUCACAGAGACCUCAAUUCUAAGAACUGCCUGAUCCGGGUGACGUCUCGGGGACGAGAGGCUCUGGUGACAGACUUCGGCCUGGCCAGGGAGGUGGUGGAGCUGCCAGUAAAAGACACCGGCAGGAAACUCUCUCUGGUGGGCUCGGCUUUCUGGAUGGCCCCCGAAAUGCUCCGAGGAGAGCCGUAUGACCGCAAGGUGGAUGUUUUCUCCUUUGGUAUUGUGCUCUGUGAAAUCCUGGCCAGGAUCCCUGCUGACCCUGAAAUACUCCCGAGAACACAGGACUACGGGCUGGAUGUGAAAGCUUUCAGGGAACUGGUGACAGACUGCCCACAGCGCCUCCUGGAGUUGGCAGCCAGCUGUUGUAUGGUGGAGUCCUUCCGACGGCCAGCAUUCACAGAGCUGUUGGAUGAUUUAGGAGAGGUUGCUGAGACCCUGGAACUUCCUCCCAAAUCUGACGUGGAUACGAGCUGAGCAGCGGAUCAGGGAAGCCCGCCUACCCAGCAUUAGGACCGCAGACUGUGGGGUUACUAUUGCUCACUGUCUGGACAGGAAGCAGGACAGAUGUGAAUUAAAAAAAUAAAAAUUUAAAAAAAAUAUGGAAGUUUUUGUGGCAUCAACUCUUCUCCUCUGAGGUGCUGCAGACAUUCAGAUCUAGAUGUUUCUUCAGGGCGGUGGAUGCUCCCGACUUGCCAUGGACACUUUGAUUUGACCCAGCAGUGUUCACAUGAUUAUUAGUUCAACUUGUACUGUUUUUGGUCUUGACUAAAAGGGCCCUCUCCUCCCACUCGACUCCUUCUGGUGUUUGUGAUUUGUCUGUAAUCGACGGCGCAGACCAAAUCAGGCCUGUUGAUAUAUUUUCCUUUUCUGUCUACUCUGCCUUUGUCGUUCCAGUAGGAAAUGAGAAAGCUCUGCUCUCUAUUAGGCUUUCAAUAGUGACAUAACUUCAUACACAACGGGGAUCAAAAAAAGCCGUGGAAACAUGAUUUUAGGUUUGAUUUUGAGAGUUGGUUUCAUGUUAACAAUUUAUAGGCACGCUUACGAGUCAGUAUGAGUCUAAGAUAUUUAUUUUCAUGAAAUAGUUCUUUUUAUCGUAUACCGAAAACUUCAAACAUAUCCCCUUUUUCUAGCAACAAGACUUUUUUUAAGCUUGUGGAUUGUCAGGUGAUUUUACAAAACAAAAAAAUCCUAUUUUGUUGUUAUUUUGUGCAGUUAGUCUGAGCUGAAUGUGUGUAUGUAAAUAGUCAAGCUUUGCUCAUUUUAUUUUUUAAAUCUAGCACCUUUUAUGGGGUUUGACAGGGUCCAUAAUCUUUUCAGUUUAAUCUGUUCUGGUUUUGUGUGUGGUCUCAAAAACUUUUAGGCAGCUACAUUACCAACUCCUUUGGUUUCUUAUCCUUUAAAAAAAUAUAUUUUCUGCCUUUUUUGACGAAAAAUAAAACUUUUAUUUCUUGUUUAGCAGUAUAGCUUUCUAGAUUUGAAAGUAUAAAUAUUCAUCUGCUUUCAGAAGUUUCUGAUUGAUCCUUCCAGUAUGGGAAACAAAUGGAACCAUUUUCAUUUGAACUACUUAAAUAAACAUGGAAAAUAAACAUUA